CAUCCACAACCCAUCCAUCCACACCCGCAAACUGUGUGUACGUGUCCCGCCCAAGCGGUCGAGGCCCUGGUGGUACUGCAGCGUCUGACGUGUAGGCCGACAGACACUGCCGUCGCACCAUCGCCCCGAAAGGAGGGAGGAGACACAACACAACACAGCACGGCACAAGACAGCAGAGCGCAUCCGUCAUCACAAUUAAUGCCCACCUUCCUCUCACAGACAGAUAACAUCACCCCUCCCUGUCCGUCGACAGCUGCCUCUCGGUGCUCGCUUCGUCCCUUGCAUCUCUACCCGAGUAGGGAACCGUCUGUUUGCGUGAAGACCAAACAGGCGGUGGCCUACGCGGCAGCACUCGCAAACAACGAAGCAAGCACCAAUCAGCUGCAAAACCAAUCAAGUCAGUCAGUUGCCCUCAGUCUCUGCAGCCAGUCGUGACUGAGGCAGGCAGGCCAGCGGGCUGUUCUCCCUGCCGUGGACAGUCGCCUCACCUGGCGCAUCGUCACGAAGUCGCCGUCAGCGCCGUGUAACGUGCCGGCCAACCACGUGACGAUCUCACCACAGAGACGAAUGCCACACCAACAGCAAAAAACCACCCAUCAUGCUCUCUUUUGUAUCUUGCCCACAAGUACCGUACACACAUGGCCAGAGAAAGAUCGAUCCGCAAGGCACGAAGAAACACGCUUGAGAAAGAGAAAGAUCGGGCGGCAGCCUGCAGGGCAGGAAGGGGCCGGCAUCAGUCGGUGUGACGCCAUGCCUCCCUUCCCAUCAUGCCUGUCCAUCCCCCCUCCAUCCAUCCAUCCAUCAGGCAAACGGCGACUCGGCUAUCGAAAAAGAGCCGCACACACACAUGGUCUCGUCAUCGUCAGUCAUAGAUUCAUCAGCUCGUCUCGUCAGUCUCUCUUAGAGGCACGAAAAACUUUGGGUGGCGACACUAUCGACACGCACAGCAGGCACAGCACACGCCAUGUAGAGCGACCGAAAAAGGCCUAUGGGCACGAGAAGGAGGAGAGCCAAGCCGAGCUGGCUGUCAACCAGGCAGGCGCGACCCUCUCCCCCACUGCGCACACGCACACACGUACAGGUACAGGUACAGGUACACUGAAGGCUCCCUCCUCCUUCAAGCCUUCAAUGGAUCUCCACUUUGCGGGCCUUGCCCUGCUCGGGGGCGGUCUUGGCAAAGGUGAUAGUCAGCACGCCGUCCUGCACACCACAUCAAACACACACAGCGAGAGAAAACGAUAUAUGCAGAUGUAUGUGUGUGUGUGUGUGUGUGUGUGGCCAUCCAUCCAUCCAUCCCUGUGAUGGUGCACCCACCUCAAAGGAGGCCUUUGGGUCCUCCGUGUUCGCGUUGCCGGGCAGGGACAGCUUGCGCUCGAACGUGCCGACGGCCCGUUCGCGCAGGUGGUAGGUGGCCUCCUCCUUGGCGGCCUUUUCGCUGACCUCCUUGGCGGCCUCCUUGCCCUCGACCUCAGCGGUCUCGGGCACAUCGCGCGACCACCUGCGCUCGCCGCUGAUGGUGAGCACCUUGCCGCCCUCCUCGUCUGUGAUGGAUACCUUCACGUCACCUGCAGGGCACCGAAUGGCCGACAAUGGGUGGGUGAGGGUCGGUUGCGGUGUCUGGAGUGUGUCUGUGUGUGAGCCGACUCGCCUUUUUUGACGCCCGGGCAGUCGACGGUGACGAUGUACUCCUUGUGUGUCUCCUGGACGUCAACGCUCCCCACUGCACACACACGUUAAGCACACAGACCACACAAAGUCAGCCGUGAGUGAGACACCACCAGCCAUCACACCGCCUCGCCCCAUCCACUUCACUCACUCAUCGGCUUGGGCGGCACCAGCCUGGUGAUAGCGGGAUCACUGAACACGCGGGAGAAGAACUCGCCGCCGAUGUCCUUGUCGAACCGCUUGAUCAGCUGACUCAUCUCGUCGCCAAGCAUCGCCAAAGGGUGGUGGACAUCCCGGGGAUGGUGGAAGGGACGCAGAUCCCCGCGGAAGUACCGUGCCUGGCCGCACUGUGCCAGCCCGUUGAGGCGCGACGCGAUGCUGGACAGCACAGCGGGGUUGUUCAACGCUCCGAGGAGCGACUUGCUGGCAAUCUGCACCGUCAGCGACAUGUUGACAGAUCUUCGGACGCAGCUCAAGAUGGCUAAUCAGGACGAACCAGAACUGAGAAGACGAUAAGACGAGAAUGCCGAGAGACAGAGGCAAAUCGGACGACAAGAC